GUAAUUCUCUUGAACUGUGAAUAAGUCGAUAAAACUCCUACGAAUGAUGAUUCGUUUUGUAUUAAUUUUAACAUUGUUGGCCACCUUGCAUGAUGUAUAUGGUCAAGAUAAACUAGUAGCACCAAUUAAACAGCCCGAUCUACCAUUAUGUACGUCGGUUUUAUGCGAUAAAAAUACUGACGACAAAUUGGAUGAUUUGAUUCAAGAUGUUGCAGAUACAUGUAAUUGUUGUUCAUGCGGAUGCAAAAGUAAAAUCCAUUUUGAUUUGUGCGCACUUUGUGAAGCAUAUCGCAACUAUGAUCCAAAAACAAAUGGAAUCUCUCAAUGUGUGAUAAACAAACUAUCAAAUCCUUGUUACACAAAAUAUUACAAUUCAUUCCUCCAAAUUUUGAAUUCUGGAUGUGGCAACAUUUGUCAAAAGAAUAAUUUCAAUAUUUAUACAUUCCUCUAUGAUGUAUGCUACGGAUGUAACGGAUGCCUUGAUGGUUGCUAUAUUCAAAACGGCUAUACAAUCUACUAUAGUCAGCCGCUUGAAGCAUCAGGAGGUGCCAAACUGACAUCAACAGUAAAAGUCUAAUCUGGAUAGUUUCAACAUCCCUUAUUGCUUCAAAUCGUACUUCAUCGCCAAAAUCUGCAUCGAAUCAAGUUUCCAAAUCAAUUUCUGUCGCAUAUCAUUUUAUACAGAUUAA